AUGUAUAGAUCAUCGUAUCAGUCAAGAUUACUGUCAAUUUUCCACAGUGCUGGUCAAAAACCAUUAAUAAAUUGGGCUACAAGUUCAAAAUAUGGAACAAUUCAACGUGUUUUAGAUCCAGAAAUCCGUUCUCUAGUUUUAAAUAUAAGCGGGACAAACGUGUCAACAACAUACAUUGAAUGUCCCAGUUGUCAAACUCAAACAUCAGGCAUUCGUAUGCCUAUACUUGUAUUACUAUUCAAAAAUAUGGAUAGAUAUUUUACAUUUCAGAUAGAAGUUCUAGAUUACGGAGGCGUACGUCAACGAUUUCGUGCAAGCAAUUCCAGUUGA